AUGGCUCCAGCUGCGGUGAGCGGUGGCCCCCAGCGGCCGCCCCGCCGCUCUUCCCCAGCAGACAUCCCCGGGGCCACCGUGAGCAGAGUGCCGGGAACCCCCGGAGCUGACCUCUUCCUGGGCCCUUCACAAUGGACCCUGAGGUCACACCCAGGAAGCGGCAGAACUGGCUAUGUCUCCGGAGGGGCGGCCCACCAGGCGGAGGUGGCGGCGACCCCGCUGCGGCUGCCCCUGCCAGACGCCAACGCUCCCGAGCCCUCCACAGCAGCAGCCGACCCCCCUAAGGAAGUCUGGCCCAGACUCAGCUGCCCAGACCAGGCUCGUGCUGAAAGGGUGUCCAUGACCUCGGAGGCCUCUUCCGGAAGCCGCCGUGCCAGGAGCAGGGUGCUGCGGAGCCAGGCCCGGGAGGAGGACAGUACCAUCCUGGUGACAUGGCCCUCGGCUGAGAGUGGCGACUCGUACGAGAGCACAGCCCACACCUCAGAGCUGAAUGGACACAAGGAGGCCGCCCACAGGGUGGGGAGCCCUUCCAAGCCCCAAAUAGCAGACUUCGUCCUCGUUUGGGAGGAAGACCUGAGGCUGGGUCGGCAGCAGGACAGUGCCACCGGGGACAAGACAGAACACGCGGCCUGGAGGGAGGCCUUUCUAGAUAACCUCCGUGCAGCUGGGCUGCGUGUGGACCAGCGCGACGUCCAGGACGAGGAGGGCGCCGUGCACUACGUCCUCCUCUCUGCCCCCUGGGCCGUGCUCUGCUGCUACGCGGAGGACCUGCGCCUAAAGCUGCCCCUGCAGGAGCUGCCCAACCAGGCCUCCAACUGGUCGGCGGGCCUGCUGGCGUGGCUGGGUAUCCCCAUCAUCCUGCAGGAGGACGUGCCUGAUUUGCCCCCUGAGUAUUACUCCUGCCAGUUCAAGGUGAGACUGGGGCCUCUCCCGGGGUUCCUCGGGAGUGACAACCAGGACACCUUCUUCCCCAGCACCAAGAGGCACCAAAUUCUGUUUGCUAACCCCCUGCGGGGCUGGGCUAGACCCAUGGGAGGCAGUGGAGUGUCCGGUGGAGGGAUUGAGGUAACUGAGGGACCUAGCCAUGGGUUCUACACAGGCUGGCUCCUGCCGGCAGCGGCGGUGGGCACUCUGGUGUUCCUGGUUGGCUGCUUCCUGGUGUUCUCAGACAUACCCACGCAGGAGUUGUGCAAUAGUGAGGACAACUUUGAGAUGUGCCCGCUCUGCCUGGGCUGCCCCUUCUGGCCGCUCUCCAGCGCCUGCACCCUGGUCCAGGUUGGCCGGCUCUUCGACCACGGAGGCACCGUCUUCUUCAGCCUGUUCAUGGCUCUGUGGGCCCUGCUGCUCCUGGAGUUCUGGAAGCGCAAGAGCGCCACACUGGCCUCCCGGUGGAGCUGCUCCAACUACGACGACAUCGAGAGGAGGCCUCGGCCCCAGUUUGCCGCCUCCGCCCCCAUGACAGCCCUGAACCCCAUCACUGGUGAGGACGAGCCUUACUUCCCAGAGAGGAGCCGCUUGCGCCGAGUGCUGGCAGGCUCCAUGGUGGUCGUGAUGAUGGUUGCCGUGGUCAUCAUGUGCCUUGUGUCCAUCAUCCUGUACCGGGCCAUCAUGGCCAUCGUCAUGUCCGGGUCGGACAACACCCUCCUCGCGGCCUGGGCCUCGCACGUCGCCAGCUUCACGGGGUCGGUGGUGAACCUGGCCUUCAUCAUCAUCCUCUCCAAGAUCUACGUGGCCCUGGCCCAUGUCCUGACAAGAUGGGAAAUGCACGGCACCCAGACCAAGUUCGAGGACGCCUUCACCCUCAAGGUGCUCAUCUUCCAGUUUGUCAGCUUCUGCUCCGCACCCAUCUCUGUCGCCUUCUUCCAGGGCAGGUUUGUGGGAUACCCGGGCAACUAUCACGCCUUGUUUGGGGUCCGCAACGAAGAGUGUGCAGUUGGAGGCUGCCUCGUUGAGCUGGCACAGGAGCUUCUGGUCAUCAUGGGCAAACAGAUCAUCAACAGUGUGCAGGAGAUCCUCAUCCCAAAGCUACAGGGCUGGUGGCAAAAGUUUCGGCUCUGCUCCAAGAAGAGGAAGGCGGGGCCUUCGGAGGAAGCUGGCCAGGGGCCCUGGGAGGCCGGCUACGAGCUUCUGCCCUGUGAGGGCCUGUUCGAAGAGUACCUGGAAAUGGUGCUGCGGUUCGGCUUCGUCAGCAUCCUCGCGGCCGCGUGCCCGCUCGCGCCGCACUUCGCGCUGCUCAGCAGCUGGGCGGAGGUCCGCCUGGACGCGCGCGAGUUCGUCGGCAUCGGGGCCCGCAUCCUGACGGCCAUCGCGCACCUGGCGGUCGGCAGCAACGCCUUCCCGCCGGCCUUCACGUCCGCCUUCCUGCCGCGGGCCUGCUACCGGUGGACCCGCGCCCGCCACCUCCGCGGCUUCGUCAACUUCACGCUGGCGCGCGCCCCGCCCACCCUCGCGUCCGCGCACAACCGCACGUGCAGGUACCAGGCUUUCAGGGAAGAUGAUGGGCAGAAUUCCCCGACCUACUGGAAUCUUCUGGCCAUCCACCUGGCCUUCAUCAUUGUGUUUGAGCACGUGGUAUUCUCCAUGGGCCGGGUCCUCGACCUCCUGGUGCCCGACGUUCCCGAGUCUGUGGAGGUCAAAGUGAAGCGGGAGUACUACCUGGCCAAGCAGGCACUGAGAACGAGGCUAUGGCUCCUAGAGACGGGCACACUGCAGGCUGCCGCGGUGGACAGGAGCUUGUGCGGGCAGCUCGAGGACUACGAAGCCUGCCUCACCAAGCCAACUCCCGGGAGCCGGCACACACAGCAUCCGGGCAUGUGUUAG